UUCACCCCCCAUUGCUCCCCUCCCUCUGCACCCCCAUUAUUCUCCCCCUCACGCUGGGACUGGGGAUCCCCCCACUGGUGCUGUUACAUGGUGAGGUGGAGAAGUGACCAGGAUCCAGAGAAUGGUAAAUAACGCUGAAGACCCCUGAGAGGCUUUCUGACUUGCCCUCCUCAUGUGAAGUAUGCUCAGAACCUUUCCAGUAGUGCUGCUGGAAACCAUGUCUCACUACACAGAUGAACCCAGAUUUACUAUAGAGCAGAUAGAUCUGCUUCAGCGCCUGAGACGUACUGGAAUGACCAGACACGAAAUCCUCCACGCCUUGGAAACUUUGGACCGUCUCGAUCAAGAACAUAGUGACAAGUUUGGAAGAAGGUCUAGCUAUGGAGGCGGUUCCUAUGGCAACAGUACCAACAAUGUCCCAGCAUCUUCCUCUACAGCCACAGCUUCUACACAGACUCAGCAUUCUGGGAUGUCCCCGUCACCUAGCAACAGUUACGACACCUCCCCACAGCCUUGCACUACUAAUCAGAAUGGGAGGGAGAGUAACGAGAGGUUGUCAGCGUUCAAUGGGAAGAUGUCGCCCACUCGCUAUCCACUUGCAAACAGCUUGGCUCAAAGGUCGUACAGUUUUGAAGCCUCUGAAGAGGACUUGGACGUAGAUGACAAAGUGGAAGAAUUGAUGAGGAGGGACAGCAGCGUGAUAAAGGAGGAAAUCAAAGCCUUUCUUGCCAAUCGGAGGAUUUCCCAAGCAGUUGUUGCACAGGUAACAGGUAUCAGCCAGAGCCGGAUCUCUCAUUGGCUGUUGCAGCAGGGGUCAGACCUGAGUGAACAAAAGAAAAGGGCAUUUUACAGAUGGUACCAGCUUGAGAAGACAAACCCUGGGGCUACGUUAAGUAUGAGACCUGCUCCAAUCCCAGUAGAAGAGCCAGAAUGGAGACAGACGCCUCCCCCAGUCACAGCUACCUCUGGGACCUUCAGACUACGGCGAGGCAGUCGGUUCACAUGGAGAAAGGAGUGCCUGGCAGUUAUGGAAAGUUACUUCAAUGAGAAUCAAUAUCCUGAUGAGGCAAAGAGAGAAGAAAUUGCAAAUGCCUGUAAUGCAGUUAUACAAAAGCCAGGCAAAAAGUUGUCAGAUUUGGAGCGAGUUACCUCCCUUAAAGUGUACAACUGGUUUGCCAACAGAAGAAAGGAAAUCAAGAGAAGAGCCAAUAUCGAAGCAGCAAUCCUGGAGAGCCAUGGCAUAGAUGUACAGAGUCCAGGAGGCCAUUCCAAUAGCGAUGACGUCGAUGGGAAUGACUAUUCAGAGCAGGACACUUGGCAAGUACGCAAUGGGGAGGAGGAGGGAAGAUGUUCAGAGGGAGGCAGAGAAGCAGAGAAGGUAGAAGAAGACAGGAGGAUCUGCUCCAAACAAGAUGACAGCACUAGCCAUAGUGACCACCAAGAUCCCAUUUCAUUAGCCGUGGAAAUGGCAGCAGUAAACCACACCAUCUUGGCAUUGGCCCGGCAAGGAACCAACGAAAUCAAGACAGAGGCCCUAGACGACGACUGAUACAAAGAAGGGGGAGGGUCAAAACAAGAAGUAACUUAGUUUUAGACGUAGCACCUUAGCAGACUUUCCUCGGUCCUUAAUAUGUGUUCUUCUUACAGUAUAACUUUGCAGUUUCUUGUACGUCAGUUAGCUGUUAGGGUCUUGUUCUGUGAAGAUGGCAUGGUGCCCUCAGCCUUUGCAUAUACUCUCUCAGUAUUAAUUCCCAGUAAAUAAUCAGUCAACCAACCAACCUCCCUCUCCCAGCCCCAGUGGCUCAAAAAUCUUGCUGCUUUGUCUUAGCAUUCCAAGAAAGUGCUUCCAGGUAUUUUAGAGAGUCCCUCAGUUCCAAGUCUUAGGCUACAUUUAAAAUCUUGGAUACCCUUAGACAUCAUGUAAAACUAGUCUGUAUGCUUUUCCUCCUCCAAGACUGAAAGGAUGGAAGCUGGGGUAGAAGCACAGGGUCGAUGGACACCAUAUUGGGAGUAUCAACAGAGAGUAAAAAGAACACUAGAAACCCCACUUCAGCCUGGGAAUAAGUGAUUUCCAGCUGCAAUAAGCCGUGCCUCACUGGUCACACAGUGACUUGAUCUAUUUCUUUUGGGUACUGCGCUGAGAAUGUCCAUGGGAAACAUAUUCACACAUUUCGGUUGAUGUCACAUUCAACACAGACAUCCUCUGCUCUCACAAGCUGCAUGGCUUAGUGGAUAAAAUACUGCCUUCUGCCUCUGGGACCAUGAUAGAAGCCCAGCCUGGGAUCACAUGAAAAAUGAGCUGAAUGUCUAAAAACUUCUCAAAACCACUAUUCAUUAUUUGGCAGGCCUAGCAGUGCCUGCUCCGAAGAGGUCGAGACUCGAUCGAUCUAUCAUAGAAGUUGCGUUACCUUUUGUUCUUCCUCUCACCUUUUCCCCCUCCAGCCCCUCUCAAAAGCAAUGUUUUCAAAAAAGGGAUUAAGAUAAUAAAUGGGUGAGUUUGUACAAGUCUGUGUAACUGCUGCCUGCAAUCCUAACAGGCCUGAAAGGUUAUUGGAGGACUUUGGUAUCUAGUUUCUGCUAGUUAUCAACAUGGCAUAAAUAUUCACCCAAAUAUGAACACUUCUUAAAAGGCAGGAAGAUCUCCUCCUUGAGAUAUAGGGUGUAAUGCUUUUGUGUUCUCUUUACUCUGUCCUUGUUAUGGUGCGAGAAAGCUAUACUGCUACAGACAAUUUAAUUAAUAAUGGGAAGCCAUAUUGAUAAUGGAUGUGGUAAUAUUUGUAAAGCAAACCUACUUUAAGUAGCAGAAACUAACGGAAUUGUUUUUCCUUGAUCAUAUGUAGCACUUUUGUUACUUUUUUCUUAAAGAUAUUUAUAUUUGAUAAAUCUUUUUUUUAAUCAUUUGAGAAUUCAAAAUACCAAACGACAAACUUGCAUUACAGAGUCACCCUGUGAUCACCUUGUCAUCUAGUAUCUAAAUGAUGAACUGUGUAUGCAUCUAAGAAAAUUACAUCUGCUGGCAUUGUGUGGAAGUGAUCUCUGGCAUCCUGAUAAAAGUGAUAUGUCGCUGCCGGUAAGAGGAAACUGUUCACUGGAAGCAGCAUAGGAUGCAUUAGAGACGGGCUAGGCUGCAUUAUAUCUUUGAAAAAAUUAAUGCAUUUACAUAGCAUUUCCACUACAUUCCAUGUUAUCCUCCCUGCUGUACAGAAAUCAUUUCAGGGGGAAGAUGGCUUAGUUUUGAAGCAUGGCUUUCCUUUGUCUUUUGUUCAUUUUUAAAGGUGAAGGGACGUUACUAUGACUUGUUUCAUUUUUAUUCCUUCCCCUCUCCUCCUCCCCCAGCCUUGCAAGAUGUUUGCAACUGGAAACCAUCAGAUAUAAUUGCAAGCACUUAGAAAAAGAAAGAAAGAAAAAAAAAAAAAAAAGACGGAAUUGUGGCACGUCAGCAGGUUUUUAGCCAGCCUUAAACCCCCUUAAGGUAAAGACUAACUAGAUCAUCUUUGUCUGCUAAUCCGGUGAAAGCUGUUUAGGUAGAUGUGGGAGAUUCUGUGCUUACAGAAGGCACAGAGUUAGCACCUCUUUGUCCCUGUGACUUUGAAGAUAUAUAGGCAGGGCUUGGCCCUGUCGUUCAUUUAUGGAUUUCAUUGGGAAAUGUAUGUGCUUUCUUUAGCAGUAGAUCACUGAAGCAGAAUGGAGCCGUCUUUUUUUCUUUUUUAUUGUAUUUCUUGAGUAGGCAAAUUCAUGAAUAGCGUCAGGAUAGACUCAGGAAAGAACGAAAUUGGUUCAGUCACAUUGCAGUGUUCUUUCUUGGUGUGUAUGUGUGUGUGUGUAUGUGUGUGUGUGUGUGUGUGACUCUUUCAGUACUAGCGAGCAAAGGGCCGGGGGGGAGGGAAUGUUUUUGCACCGCAGGAUGAUCCAGCAAACUGUAGCUUCAGUGGAAUUUUACCUACUUAUUCAUACUACAGUCACACACAGAGCUGACAAGAAACCACCGCGAUUUAUUGCAAGGAGAUUUUAAUAAUCGAUGGCCUCUUUAUGCUGGUUUGCCACCAAGGUUUGUUCUAGCUGUUCCAUUUUAAAGAAUCGAAUCAGACUGAUAGCUGCACCUACAAAAUAAAUAUUGCUUGUAUUUUUACCUUAAAAAAGUCAUUCUUUGAAACAAACAUCUAUUUAGAGAAUUAAGGUAGAAUAACACCCAUACAGUAAAGGCCAGAUCCUGAUCUCUGCUGCACUGGAGUAAAUUUGAAAUAACUCCACUAAAAAGAAUGCAUUGAAUCUGGCCUUCACUCUGUCUAGCACAGUCUUACAGCUCCUGUGUCCCAUAACGCAUCAAAAAGAAUAAGCAGAUGAACAACUUGUGUAUAAUUAGCGAUCAGUGGGUCUUCUGUCCUAAAUUGCAGCUUGCUGGUAAGCAGCAGUCUUCGCCCCACCAGAGGAAGAUCAUAGACUGAUUCAGUAGGUAAGAAAUGCCUUAGGCGAGCCAGGUGCUACAUAGUUCUGUUUAUCUCCCUUCAUCUGCAUUCUAUUUGGUCCCGUACGGCCCCCAGAAGAUAUGAUCAAGGAAUAUGACCUUAGCCAUCCUCAAUAUCCUGAUGACACUGAGCUCUCUAGCUCCCUCCUUAGCCCACUGUGGACUGUUUCUUGAUUGACAGACACUUGUUUUGAUGAGGGGUAGCCGGUCUAGGCCCACAUUAGAUAACUCUCAGCUACUGCGUUGAGGGAAACCUUUUCAAGACAUUUUGGAAGGACAUUCUGCAGCCUUGUCGUUCAGGGCGAGGACAAUGCUGGUGAGACAGUUCAGAACUUGUUACAGACAUUCAUAUCUUCUUCACCUCCAGGCUAAAUUAUUGUGCCGCACUCCCACUUGGAUUCUGCUCGAAAUUGAUCUAAAAGCUGAAUUGGUUACAGGAUGGUUACCGACUCCUUCCAUGGAUGGAGUUUGAAGAAUCGAUGAUUCCUUCCUUCCAGGUUGCUGUUACACCAACAAAUUCAAUCCGGAUUGUUAUCUCAUGGCUCAUCAUACUUUAGCCAGCGUUUUUUGCCAUCAUCCAGAGCAGGAGAGGUUGGCUGGGUUGUCCUUGGUAUCUAUCCCUAGAUAUUAUUGGAGCUUGUGGGAGUGCAGUGCAGUACAGGACUCCAUCCAUGGAGUUCCCUUCUCUGAGGACGUUCCCCAGAGUUUUCCUGUGGCUGGCUCCUGACUGUGUAUCAGGCCUUUCUCCUCCGAUUUGUUCAUCUUUGGCUAUUUCAUUGCGCCCCUUUUUCUUUGCUCAUGUAGUUCAGGCCGUGUCUUUUCCUGGACUAUUAUGUGUAAUAUAUUCAUUUAAAUUUGGUACCGAUGUCCAAAUAUUUUACAACGGAUGCCUUAGAUAAUAAGUUAACACAGCAGCAGAUGGACAGCAUUUUUCUUUGAUGCCCUGGUGAUGCAGAGACAUCUUCGAAGUACUUGGAGUACAACAGUUUCACUGCUCCAAUAAAUGUGUUCUUACCAAGAAGGGAGUUUCUAACGUUGACCCGUGUUUUCCAGCGACUCUGUGUUGACCUAGCAUGAUUGUGAGUGGCGUUUGUUUGUGUUUUAUUUUUACCUACUUAAAAUAUUCUCCUAUAAGAGAUGGGCCUUGUCUGCAAAGUCUGGAUCCAGCUUUCCAAAACCGUGGGGUAUUUAGAUUCAUAGUUUUGGUUCAGACCUAUUAUGCUUAUAUGAGUCUUCAUUGAAUUUCUCAAUAACUCUAUUUUAUUCCAUUGACUAUAGUGGAGUUUAAUGGAUCACUGUUUUCAUAACACCCAGGCUAUCUAUGUAGGUGGAUGGACAGUUUUUGGGAAGGGUUUUAGCAUACAUUGACUGGACUUUCUACCAUCUCGCUAUUGUGGCUGUGAAUCUUUUAGGUUUGGCAUAGCUAAUGAGAUUAUCUAUAAGUGUCACUUUCGUAUGAAGGCUGGCAAGAUUUUUGCUAUUCUACUCCUCAUGUAAAGCUAGUAAAAUCAUAGGAUCUGUCUACACUGUAAGCCCAGGGUUCAAAUUCAGGCUCAGGCUUUGCCCUCCUUCCGUCUACACACAAAUCACUCUAAUCCAGAGUUCGGACCCAGGACCCUAUGGUGGUAGAGGGUCCUAGCCUGAGUCAAGCUGGGACCGAGGGGGUCAAGCCCGAUUGCUUUGCAGUGUAGCUGCAGUCCCACUGGAUUCGUGCUCUGGGAGUCUGACAACAGUAUCCCACAAUCCCAACUUUUUGUCCUCUGGACAGUCAAGUUUGGUGAACAAUCAUGUUUUCCCACACUGCACCCAAACAAAGGACUAGGGCAGUAGGAAGUCUGGGAUAUGGGUGAUUGGGCUCAGGCCCAAAUAAUACAAUGUAGACACUGAAGCACCAGGUUGGAACUCAGGGUUCAACAAUUCCUAAUCUGGGGUUACAAAUGAGCAUAGCUGCUCAAACCCAAGCCCUGAGUUUACUUUGCAGUGUAGGCCUACUCCCAGUAGUGCGGCAGUUUUAUAGAAGUAGAAUGGCACACGAUCAGCUCCUAUCCGAACUGGUCAAAAUCUUUUUGUCUUGCUGUCUUAAAGGGACAUCAAGAUUUCACUAAGAUUUUCAGCUUCUCUAUUAAAGUACUUUUCUAUCCUCACGCUGGCUUACCUCGUGCAGUCGAAUUAGUCUUGUCACACAGAGCUAUCUGGUAAUUGCAGCAGGAUUCCACUGGCUGGCUGGGGUACAGUCACAGAAUCAUAGACAUCUAGGGCUCAAAGGGAUCUUUAGGGUCCCUUGCCCCAUACGGAGGCAGUACCCAAGUAUACCUCAACCACUCCGAAAGGUGUUUGUCUCACCUGUUCUUAAAAACCUCCAGUAACUGAGAUUCCACAGCCUCCCUUGGUAACCUGUUCCAGUAUCUAACUAUCCUUACAGCGGGAAAGAUUUUCCUAAUAUCUAACCUAACUCUCCCUUGCUACAGAUUAAGCCCAUUACUUCUUGUCCUACCUUCAGUGGACAUGGCAAAACUUGAAGACUGUUUUCCGGUCCCCACUCAGACGACUUUUCUCAUGACUAGAUGGGCACAUUUUAACAACACUGCCCCUAACUAUUUAAUCCAGGAUUUUGAUUCCCAUUGUAGCUUGAAUUGAGAUCCAAGUGUAGAUUCCCAUCUUCCUCCCUUAAGUUCAUAAGUAUUUGUGUCCAAGAUCUGGUUUGAGUCUCUUAAGUUAUAUGAGGUGUGGACCCCAGGAACUGGUCACUAUGACGGUGUUUGCCCUUGUGGGUUUUGAAUGGAGGAAAAUGCUCCAUCUAAUUUCCUCAAGUCAGUUCAUUUCUGAUGGUUGUGAUGUUUGCUAGAAUGUACAUUUCUUUCCCCUAACCAGGACAUUGUGAAUUUAGUAUUGCUUACUAUUCAUCAGCUAAGUAAUUUAUCUCUUCCUUCUGGUCACAGUUUGUGAGAUUGUGACCAAGAAACUUUGGGUUUCUCAUCAGAAGAAACUCCCUUGCUCAUAUUUAGUAAAGGGCUUCAUUUCCCAGUAGCUGUUGCCCUCUUCAGUGCAAUUUUUUUCAUUAACAAUAUUAUUUGCUUACAAUCUUCACACAUUUUUAGGUAAUAAUUUUUUGAUUUGGUUUAGCAAUUUUCGCUCUUGACGUGGGUCUGUGUUGGCAGGUUGUAUCUUGAAAAAUGAAUUAUAUGUCACAACCAAAAUGUAUUCAUUGUUGUGGGUAUAGGACUUUUUCUGUUUUUUAAUGCCCUCCAGCUGAAUUCAUUGGGGCUGCAUAGACACCAGCUAACUUUUGCAGUUUUACUGAGCCAAGACAUACUCAUCAUUCCCUUGAACGGAAGGUGAGUGCACUGAUCAGGAGUACCAAGGAGCUGGAUUGCAGAUGUAUUUCCAAAUAAAGCAUUCCUUUCUGUGCUUUUUUUUUUAAUAGCUAGGAUAUUUACUCAGGAUUUUGAAUCAGUUGUUGGCCAACACCGUUUUGGCAAACUGAAAAGCAUAACCAGAAACCCCUGUCUCUUAGUUUCAUUUAGCAUUGUCUAAUUUACAGUAGCUAAAUUGUCCAAUUAAAGAUAUUCCAUGCUAAUGAAAAAAGAGGUGGCAGCUACAAAUUAGAAUUUCAGAUAAACCAAAUUUAUUUUUCUCUCUUGAGAGAAAUUCAUUAGAGGAUUGGGUUUGGUCAUCUAAGGACUUUAAGCAGAUGUGACAGUGUUUUAAACGUAGUUUUCUACACAGCAAAAAAGGUAUUAUCAAUGGGGUUAUAGUCCUUAAGCGUCUUCUCUGUUAUCCUCUUGUGUGGAAAUACAUGUCGUACUGUAAUUUGUGUUAAUGAGGAAAAAUAACCAAAUAUAUUUGAUUUCUUCAGGAUUUCUCUUACCCAAUCUAACUAGAAUGUUCUUAGAGUGCUCAUUGCUAUAGUAUCUAAGGGCUAAAUCAUGCUGACAAAUUGAAGUGGGUUUAGAGAGAAAUAUGGCUAUUCACUUUUGUGCCCCUUUUCAAGAUUGGCGGUUGAGUUUGUUUUCAUCAGUCUGAACAAUAACAAUCCAUGGAUAAUACACAGCUUUUCUCUUUGCAGUUCUUUCCAGUAAUCAUUGAAGCACUCAGGCCAGGGGUUUAGAUGCUACAGAGUAGGUGUGAGUGCGUUAAUGCCACUGAGCCCUAGUGAGCUGUAUAAUGGAUCUUUGAUGUUUGUGUACAUAUAGUACAUCUCUUACUCAGAUGAUCUGGCAAAAUGCUCUCUCUUCCAUUUUCAUUCUCUAUCUUUUUAAUGUAAGCUGGUGUGCUCUGUUGUAAUUCAUACUGAUGUGUUGUGAUCAGAUGAAGGUUCUGUUCAGUCUUUUCAAACUGUAGCCAUGGUAAUUGGGUGGGUAGAAUGAAUACAUAAAAGUGUAAUGGCAGUUUUGAAUGACUGGGUGUC